AUGACUGUGUAUGAAGCACUAAAACGACUACUGCUUAAUCUGUUAAUUUUUCAACCUAAAAAAAAUUAUGAUACUUUCUCUUAUACUAUGCCUGUGAUAAAUAUACAAAAUACCCAAGAAUCAAAAAUAUUGUUUGACUGGAAAGUAAUACCAGUACAAACUGACGUCACAAUUGAACAAUUUUUUUCAGAGUUUGUUGAAAAUAAUAUAUUAAGUGAACAUUUGGCACUAGUUGAAACAAUUGAAGCACAAUGCAGAAAUUCAAAAACUACAGUUAAUCAAGGUGUUGAUCUUGAAUCAUGGAUUAAGAAAGAAAAUGGAGGCUGGAUAGGGCCAGAUGCAGCUGAGACCAUUGGAAAACCGUUUAUACAAGAUCUAACCAAUGUGCUAUACUUCAUGGGCUAUAAUAAUCUACCAAAUUAUAAAUAUGCCUGGCUUAGGUUUAACGUUGAAGAGCUUAAUGAAUAUAGCGAUUGUCUUCUUAAAUAUAUUACCCACCGAUGGAUGACAAGAUUACCAUUUUCAAACUUUCUUAAAGAACUGGUAACAAAGCUUGGUGAAGAUCUCUCAAAAUAUGCAGAAUAUCUUCUCCACAAACGUGCAGAAACAGCACAAAAUCAAGAAUUUAGUCAACCCAUA